AUGCCUUCGGCGUCGCAGCCAGCACCGCAAUCUUUUACCAUGAGCCAACAGUCGCAACCGAGGCAUUCUGCCUCGUUCCACCAAGGCUACAAUGGCCCGGCGGAAGCGCCGCAAAUCUACUCUGCCUCGUACUCGGGCGUCGACGUCUACGAAAUGGAAGUCAACAAUGUCGCCGUCAUGCGAAGACGCCACGAUUCCUGGCUCAACGCCACCCAGAUCCUCAAGGUCGCCGGCGUCGACAAGGGCAAGCGCACCAAGAUUCUCGAAAAGGAGAUUCAGACCGGCGAGCAUGAAAAGGUCCAGGGCGGCUACGGCAAGUACCAAGGCACUUGGAUCAAAUUCGAGCGUGGUGUCGAAGUUUGCCGCCAAUAUGGCGUCGAGGAGAUGCUACGGCCGCUGUUGACGUACGACAUGGGCCAAGACGGUGGUGUUGCUGGCAGGGGAGACUUUAACACGCCCACCAAGGAGCAGGCCAUGGCCGCGCAGAGGAAGCGCCUCUACAACUCCAGUGUCGAUGGCAGGCCCAAUGGCCUUUCAGGCACCUUUUUCAAGAACAUCUCCAGCACCGCGAGCCACGCUGUCGCCGCUAUCAGCAAGGCACGAUUUGACUCGCCCGGUCCCAGGAGUCGCAACGGGCCGACCCGAGCACCCAGCUUCAGCCGACAACCCUCUAUGCAGAAUGGGGAUGACUUCCCCGGCAACUCCCAGCAGAGCUACGCCUCCGACUAUGGGCAGGGGGUGGACUCGGCCUAUUCGACCCAGCAGCAGCAGAACGAUAACAGUGCAGCACCCGAAAACGAGCCGCCGCGGAAGCGACAGCGAGUCACGAUGACCCCGGCCGAUAUGUUUGGAGGGGGAGGGUAUGGCCAGAACAUGGAAGUGUACGCCACGACGUUUCCCGGCUCGCCCACAGAACCCAACGAAUCCUUCAUGUACACUCAAAGCGCCGUGCACGACCGGACUCCUGCCGAAGAGGGCAACGGAUCCCUCCCUCCUCUUCCCUACGAGAUGUCCCCCGAUAUCGAGACGAAGCGCAGCAUGCUCAUGGGUCUCUUCAUGGACUCAUCGGCGUCUGACACCUCCAAGCAUGACAAUCUGCAGACCUUUACGCCGCACGAACUCGAUAUGCCCAUCGAUCCCCAAAGCCACACCGCGCUCCACUGGGCGGCAACCCUUGCGCGCAUGCCUCUUCUGCGUGCGCUCAUCGCCGCAGGCGCGUCUCCGUAUCGUGUCAAUGCUUCCGGGGAAACAGCACUCAUGCGCGCUUGCCUCGUCACAAACUCCAUGGACCACGGUUCGUUUCCAGAUUUGCUUGAAGUUCUGGGCAGCACUAUCGAGGCCCGCGACCACAAGGGACGAACCGUGCUCCAUCACAUUGCCGUUACCAGCGCAGUCAAGGGACGAAACGCGGCGAGUCGCUACUACCUCGAGAGCCUUCUCGAGUGGGUUGUCCGACAGGGCAGUGUCCCUAGCAGCCAGAACCCGCAACCGAACGGCAACCUGCCGAGCAGCUCGCAGUCCGCGGCGCCGAAAAUGGGCAUCGCGCGCUUCAUGACCGAAAUCGUCAACGCGCAGGACAGCUCGGGUGACACGGCACUGAACAUUGCCGCCAGGAUCGGCAACCGGAGCAUCAUCUCACAACUGCUAGAGGUUGGCGCCGACCCUAACAUUGCGAACCGCGUUGGCCUGCGGCCACUUGACUUUGGCAUUGGCGGCGACAACACGGAAGAGCAGGCAAACGGUGAGGGGGCGGUUGAGAAGAACGGUGCCCCUGGCUCUAGCCAGCGGACCCGAGAGAGCAGCGACGAAAUCAUUGCCUCAAUCACACAUUUGCUUAAUGAGACAGGUGCCACUUUCCAGCAAGAAAUGAAGUCAAAACAAGCGUCCCUAGAUGCCCUGCAUGCUACCCUUCGAACGACCUCGACCCAGCUAGGCGAGGCGCGACGCAACAUCGAGCAUUUGACUGCCACGUUGAAGAAGCAACAGCUUGCCCGCCAAAAGGUUUCGAAUCUCGCCCACGCGCGCGAGGAUGAGCAGAUACGGCUCAUGAACGAGCAGUCUCAGUCGUCACAGCCGAAUCCUUCGUCAUCCUGGGAGACGGAGCUGUCGGCCAUGCUCGAAGCUGCAGACGAGUCUGCCGCAGGCGGAGGCGUCGAGGGCAUGCUACCGUCGGCGAACGUCCUUCGGGCACGAAUCCGCGCCAUCGAGGGCCGGCGAGACUUUACACGCAAGAUGGUGCAGGCUCUCAAGCUCCGCAGUCGGGACGUUGAGAUCAAGUACCGCCGCGUCGUGGCGCUCUGCACAGGCGUGCAAGAAGCCGAUGUGGAUGCAGUAGUCGACAACCUGCUCAAGGCCGUCGAGAGCGAGCGGGAAGAGCUCGACAUUGGGCGUGUGAGGAGGUUCCUUGGCGGCGUCGAGGGCGUGGUCCACUAG